AUGUCAAAUAAAGAAACGAACAAAGUGCCCCCAGACGGGGGCUACGGAUGGGUUGUCACCUUUGCGUAUGCUUUAAACAAUGUGGUGGUACUUCCCUUAAUCACUAGUUUCGGGUUGCUGUUACAAGAGGCGAUGUCCGACACGGACUUGACUACAACACAGAUUACUUUAGUAAUUGUAUUAAAUCAUAGUGUAGGAAUGCUCCUUUCUCUGUUUGGAGGGCCAACGUUGAAGGGGUACGGGUACAGGAAAGUCGCUGUAGCUGGGGCGACUUUCAUUUCAGUCGGACUAUUUUUGACUUCAUUAUCGACUGAGUUUUGGCACUUUAUGAUAUGCUACAGUAUUAUUUGCUCUAUGGGUAUAGCAGCAAUAAUGAGCGCAUUUACAUUAGCAAUAAAUUCAUUUUUCAAAGAGAAACGAGGUAGAGCGAUUGGGGUGGGCAUGUCUAUAACAGGCCUUGGUGCAAUAUACAUGCCGUUGCUAAUUAGUUUUCUAAUAUAUACUUAUGGUUGGCGAUACGCAAUACUCAUUUUAAGUGCCAUUUGUCUUCACUCACUUUUGGCUGCAUGCUUGCUUAGACCAGCCAAGUGGUACCUAAUAGAUCCGCCUAGUCCCGAGGAAGUGGAACCGUUAAAUAAUCAAACCGAAGAGAUUAAUGGGAGUGUUACAACAUCGUCUAAUGUAGUUGGUAUUCAUUCACUACCACAAUUAGAGCAAUCUGUGGGGAAUGGAUCGCUUCCAGUAAAAAGCCUUUCCAUGAGGUCUCUGACGAGCACUUCUAGUGCUCAAACUAGAAAUGCAAUUUCUCAUCCAGACAUACGUUCAAAAGCACCAGUGACACCUUUGGAGGAGGCUCGGUACAAAUGGUGGGAGUCUCAAGAAAUUAAUCUCGGCAGUUCCAUUAAUAUUUUUAAUGAAACUGAGAUUAAAAAGACUGUUAAUACUCAAGAAGAGAAAACUGAAAUUAAAAAUAAUAGUUAUAUGUCAAAUUUCGUUGAAUUCUUCGACUUGAAGCUUUUAACUGAUCCAGUGUUUGUCAACAUUGUAUUUGGAAUGUCAAUAGCGGCGUGUGUGGAGACAAACUUUUCACUUCUAUUACCUAUUAUUCUACAUGAUAUGUUGAAAUUUGAAACUAGUGACAUAGCGAAAUUAAUGUCAGUUAUUGGAUUUUCUGACACUUUAUUUCGAUUUGUAUCACCGUUUAUUGGGGAAUGGUGUAAUAAGUCAGCGCGUAUUAUGUACAUGGUCAGUUUAUUGCUGAUCAUCUUCGUUAGAACCAUGAUGCUGUUUACAACAUCCUUCACUAGUAUGUUGGUUAUAUCAGUGGCACUUGGUGUCACCAAAGCGCUGAGGACUGUGUACGUCAACUUAGUGAUACCGAACUACGUACCUAUACAUAGACUUGCCUUUGCUUCUGGCCUCCAAAUGUUCUUCAGUGGUAUCACCAUUUUCACUAUAGGUUCAGUACUCACACGCGUAAGAGAAGCUUCUGGAUCAUACCAAGUGCCGAUAGUUGUGCUGAACUUCGUAACAUUGCUAACUAUAAUUACAUGGAGUGGAGAGUUCCUUUACAUUCGAUGGAGAGAUAGAUCUAAGUCUGAACAACCAACCGAUAAAUAA